AUUACACUUAUAUCUGUUUGAUAAUGUUACUGAACUGAAAAUUAUCACUUGAAUGAUAAAACCAAUCAUAAGGUAGGUUAUGACUACUUUAUAACAAGAUUAUACCGACCAUAUCACAGUUAUUGUUGUUGAUGAAAAGUUGGACCGUGCAGUGCCAUUUAAAAAAAGAUUUAGCAAACAUUUCAUGAUAUAAAAGAGUAAGAUGACACCUAUUCAUUGACUUUUUCACAUGUGCAUGAUUUUUGGCCUGAAUCAACUGCUGAAUGAAAUAUUUCAAUGCCAAAGAACGUACUUAUAAUCAUGACUAUAACACAAACUAUAAGUUUGACAGAUAAUUUCAACAGUUCAUCAGUAUACAAAACAGACAAUAUGUCGAGUCCGGACAAUCUGAAAGAGCUUGUGCAGGAAUCCACACUGUUCACAACCCUCCAUGGAUAUAAAGUGACAUUUGCGAUGUUGGUGAUCGGAUUAGUGAUGGCCAUUCUUGGAUCAGUGAUCAUUUUACUAAACAGCGUUCUUUUACACACAUUAGCCAAGUGUCGACACAGACUUGACGUCACUGACAGGUUUAUUAGAAGCUUGGCAAUCAGCGAUCUGAUCAUUGGCAUAUUAUUGCUUUAUAACACUGUGUACAAUAUUUUAAACUUUCAAAAUCGUUAUGAAUGCUUGUCACGUAUGGGACUUAUCCACGCUAUGAUGAUCAACUCCACAGGACAUAUUUCAUUGCUCACAAUAAACCGAUUUAUCAAAGUCAUACAACCUCUUAGAUAUUUACAAAUUUUUAAAAAGUGGCGGAUAAUACUGCUGUCAGUUAGUGUAUGGUGUGUUUCAUUAAUAAUCGGCUCUCUACCUCUGCUGGGCUGGAAUAAGACUUUCGAACCAGAAGCCUUUGACGACAAUCAAAUCACAGUGUGUCGCUACUUUGGUAUAAUGCAGCCAGGUUACAUUAUACUUAAUAUUUGCCUCUUCUGGCUGCCACUGAUGUUGAUGGCAGUUAUGUAUACCAAAAUGUGCCAGAUCACCCUCCGACACCAGCGGGCAAUCGUUGCCCAGGUGAGGUCAAUCCAGAGGACCCAACCACAAGUACAUGUACAUGAGGGCAACUCCUGGAGGUUUACCAAAACAGUAUUAACCGUGGUCGGGGCCUACUUCUUUUGCUGGCUACCAGCUGGAACUUAUUUUAUCAUACAAAUAUCCGGAGGAGUUGAUCACCUUUCAUACGAAACUCAAGGGAACAUCCUCACAUUCGUUACCGGGUUCGGAUUUUUCAACAGUGCCCUUAACCCCCUCAUUUACGCCACAAAAAUUCCUUCAGUGAAACGACGGUUUCAAAAAUUCUUUUGCUGUCGCAAGCCUCGGAGAGACUUCAGUGUCGCUAUUUACAGUUGUGACAAUGUGGAAGCAUUAUCCAGUCAACGGAAGGGCUCCCUUGAGUGUGAACGAACGUGACAAAAAUAUGACCUUUAAGAUACCUAAAAUUGUGUUCGCUAGGUAAGCUUAUUCAUGUCUACGGCAAGAAAUCAUUAUAGAGGGUGAUAAAGAAAUUGUUUUAUUUUGUACACAUCACAUAUUUACAAGCAAUACAUAUUGCACCAUAUGUGUGUCCAUUCCCCGAUGGCAGUACCGAUGACAGUAUGAUACUACAUACUGUAUAACAAUCAGAUGCUGAUAACUCAUCUGUCUCAGCUGAUUAUUUAUCAACUGCCAUCAUGUUUAUAUGUAACUUGUAUGUAACCUCAUUUGCCAUGUAUAAAGGUAUGAGUAAAUAAACGCCAAGGUGUUUGAGUUUAAGUAAAAAAUAUUGUGAAUAAAAGUUAGGCUUGAACAAAA